CUUCUCAAAAAGUGAAAUUUGUGAACGACCCACUCUUACUUCUCUCUCUCUCGUCUCUCGUUUCUCAUCUCUCGGCUCUCUGCCCGUCCUCCUCCUCCCCCCUUUUCCAAGAGAGGUCAGACGCGAAAGCAGUGUAUAUGGGAUGGAAGCUCCCAAUAACAACAUCAUAGCACCCUUCGUCAUGAAGACGUAUCAGAUGGUCAACGAUUCAAGCACUGAUGCUCUCAUCACCUGGGGCAGAGCCAACAACAGCUUCAUCGUCUUCGACCCUUUAGACUUCUCCCAGAGGAUCUUGCCCGCUUAUUUCAAGCACAACAACUUCUCCAGCUUUGUUCGUCAGCUCAACACCUACGGUUUCAGAAAGGUUGAUCCAGAUAGAUGGGAGUUCGCCAACGAGUGGUUCCUUCGUGGCCAGAGGCAAUUGCUCAAGAACAUCGUCAGGAAGAAGCAUAGCUCUUGUGGUAGGAGUUCGUUUUUGCUACAGGCGAAGCUGGAAGAUGGUGAUGAGGAAAUAUUGGCGGAGAUUGAGAGGCUGAAGCACGAGCAGAAGUCCCUUGAGGAGGAGCUUGAGGGGAUGACCAAGAGGUUGGAAGCAACUGAGAGACGUCCACAGCAAAUGAUGGCGUUUCUCUACAAAGUUGUGGAAGACCCAGAGCUUAUUCCGACAAUGAUGAUGGAGAAAGAGAGGAGGAGGCAAUUGGGCGAGAAGAAGAGGCGUCUUCUGAUCCAAUCGACAUCGUCUUCCUCAGGCACCGCUGGGACGGCUUCAGUGAAGUCGGAAGAGGAAGAAGACGGCAGCACUGUAGGUAUAAUUUCAUCGCCGGAGACUCUGAGCCACUCCUCGCCGUCGCCGGACACAAGCACUCCGGCGUGGGUGAGGCCAAGGCAGAUGAUGGGUUGGCCUCUCGUCGCCCAACAGCCUUACCCUUUGGCUGCCAUUCCCAGUCCCAUAUAUUCCGGGUCUGUGACCGGAAUAGGACAUUUCAACACGAUGUCGCCGCCGCCUGAAAACACCAUUUCUAGCUACAAGAGCAGUGAUAGUGGGCAAUUAAGCUAUUUCACAGAAAUGGAGGAUGGGGUGGAGACCCGUCCGCUGCCUUAUCCAUUUUCUCUUUUAGAAGGUGGCUUUUAGUCUCCCCUCACAAGAUUUAUCCUUCAUUCUUAUCUUAUGUAAUAUCACUUUUAUAUCUCCCCUUUAUUGCUUUUUUUUUUUGUUUUGUUUUUUUUUUUAGUAAACACCCCAACAAAUAAAUUUCAAUUAUGCCUCUACUAUA